UAUCAACUAUCAGAACUAGAACAACCAAGCCAAACAUACAAUAUGGCUUCCUCAACAAAACUCAUUUCUUUACUUCUCCUAUACGUCGUCAUUUCAUUAGCCUCCGGUGAUGAGUCCACUACCAUUAACAACCAUCUCGAUCUUCCAUCGGACGGCUCAUGGAGAACCGAUGAAGAAGUGAGGUCCAUCUACUUACAGUGGUGUGCGGAGCACGGGAAAACUAGCAACAACAACGGUAUCAUCAACCAACAAGACGAAAAGUUCAAUAUUUUUAAAGACAACCUAAGGUUCAUUGAUCUACACAAUGAGAACAACAAGAACGCUACUUACAAGCUUGGUCUCACCAUAUUCUCUGAUCUCACUAACGAUGAGUACCGGAGGUUAUACCUCGGGGCAAGAACCGAGUCUGUCCGCCGCAUCACUAAGGCCAAGAACGUUAACAUGAAAUACUCGGCCGCAGUAAACGACGUGGAGGUUCCGGAGACGGUUGAUUGGAGACGGAAAGGAGCCGUUAAUGCCAUUAAAAACCAAGGAACUUGCGGAAGUUGUUGGGCGUUUUCGACAGCUGCAGCAGUAGAAGGUAUAAACAAGAUCGUAACAGGAGAACUCAUAUCUCUGUCCGAACAAGAACUUGUCGACUGCGACAGAUCCUACAACCAAGGCUGCAACGGUGGUUUAAUGGACUAUGCUUUUCAAUUCAUCAUGAAAAACGGCGGUUUGAACACCGAGCAAGAUUAUCCUUACCGUGGUUCCAAUGGAAAAUGCAAUUCUUUACUGAGGAAUUCAAGAGUUGUAACUAUUGAUGGUUACGAAGAUGUUCCUACUGAAGAUGAAACGGCGUUGAAGAGAGCAGUUUCAUACCAGCCCGUGAGUGUUGCCAUUGAAGCUGGUGGAAGAGUUUUCCAACAUUACCAAUCGGGGAUCUUCACUGGAAAGUGUGGGACAAAUCUAGAUCAUGCAGUGGUGGCUGUUGGUUAUGGUUCAGAGAACGGUAUUGACUAUUGGAUUGUAAGGAACUCGUGGGGUACACGUUGGGGAGAGGAUGGUUACAUUAGGAUGGAGAGAAACUUGGCAAGGUCCAAGUCCGGCAAGUGUGGAAUUGCGGUUGAAGCCUCGUACCCGGUUAAGUACAGUCCAAACCCGGUUCGUGGAACCAGCAGUGUUUGAAGUUUUUAAAAUAAAACUCAAUUGGGAGUUUUAUAACUAAGAUUUAAUCUCAUAUUAUUGUUUGUAUGUAUAGUAUAUCAAAAAAGAAGGUAUUUGAUCCAGCAUACGGAUUUAGUCUGUAUAAAUCCUUAUGUCGAUCAAUAUCAUUUCGUUUAAAGAAAGAU